GAGAGGAAGAUGGCAAGGCAAGUUAUAGGGUCAAUUGAAAGAAUGAAAGAGCCAUAUGUACUAGCCAAGAACUGUGAUUGGAAAGGGUUUUUGGAAUUUUUCCGCCAACACAAAGAACUCGUGACUAAGCAAAUUGAUUUGCAACAAAGCACACCUUUUCACUAUGCAGCUUACUGUGGCAGUACAGAAAUGUACGAGGAAAUGCUGGGAAUGUUGGAUCUGUCAGAAGUGCAACACGUGCUGAGGAUGCAGGAUGUCUGCGGGAACACGCCGCUUCACGAGGUGGCGUACACCGGAGAAGUGGGAAUGCUAAGGUGCAUACUUAGGAAACAUUUUUCCUUAGGGACAGAGCAGUUUGCGGAACUGCUGAGAAUGAGAAACAGCUUGGGAGGGACACCAGUGUACAGAGCAGCUGCAUUUGGGAAGAUAGAUUUGCUAGAAUACUUGGUUCAUGAAGUAGGCAUAGACGUGAGACUCCAUUUUCACCGACUUGAUAACAAGUCCAUUCUUCACGCUGCUGUCAUCAAUCAAUUCUUUGGCACAGCAUUAUUGUUAUUGGAAAGGUAUGGCGAGCUAGCUUAUGAAAAGGAAGACAGUGGAUUGACAACUCUGCAAGUGCUAGCAAACAUGCCAUCUGCAUUUAAGAGUCAAACUCAAAUGGGAAUCUUCCAAAAGUUCAUAUAUCUUCGUAAAUCUCUACUAACUUUAUCUCUUACUAUGGCUGGGGCGAAGGUUGGUGUGGCUCUGGAUGGUUGGGUUUGUGCGGUUGGAGGUUCUGGGUUCAAUUUAUUCAGGUGUUGGAGAAUGGUUAUGGUGAUUGGGAAUGGUUGUGGUGAUUUCUGUUUUCUGAUUUCUGAGAUUUUGGGUUGUUGUUCUGGUGGUUUUGGUGGCUGUUGGGAAGGAAACAGUGUUGAUUCUCGUAAACCCAACAAGGGUUUUGUUGUUCGAAAUCGGAAUCAGAUGGGGGUACUCGGAUUUUGGGUGCUUCCUGAUUAUCAAGAUUACAAAUACUACCGUCAAAAUGAUAGAGAUCGUUUUGAAAAAGUAAAAGAUUUGGAAAAUUGCCAAGAGGACAUAGAUGAACCUCAAACUCGGAAGGAACUCUCAGCCUUUUCAUGGAUGUGGUAUACAAUGUGGAAGGUUAUCGCCAAAGUAUGCAAGGAGAUUGCAAAAGUUUGGAGAAAAAAGGAAAUGCAUAACUUGGUACAGAAUCUAGUACAGUUGUUAGUAGCGACAGACGAUUCAUGGAAACAUAGUUAUGUAGCAAAAGACAGGACAGUUUCAGCGAGUGGAUCACAUCAUCUACCCAAGAAAUCCAAUUUUGAGAUUCAAGAGAGACAAGAAAAGGGAGAAAAUUCUGCAAGCAAACCUAUUAUUUAUACCCCUUUGUUGAUGGCUGCUUGCAAUGGAAUCAUAGAGAUGGUUGAAGAAAUAAUUGAUUUGAAUCCUCAGUCAAUCGACCAUGUCAGUGAAGAUGGGCAGAACCUCUUGAGCAUGGUUGUUAAACACCGCCAGCUAAAUAUUUUCACAUUGAUGAAGAGAUUGAAAAUUGUGACACGUCUUGCUGGCCAAAUAGACGAGGAAGGUAACACUGUGCUCCACUACACAGCAGAGUUUAUAGGAGGAAACCAACCUGGUUAUGCUCUACAAUUGCAAGAGGAGUUGUGUUGGUUCGAACGCAUAGAACAAAGACUCCCUUAUCAUUACACCAUUCACAAAAACAGGAGCAACCAAAUUGCACGGGAACUGUUUGAGGAGAAGCACAAAGAACUGCUGAAGGAUGCUCGAGCAUGGAUAAAAGAGACAGCUCAGUCAUGCUCUGCAGUAGCUGUCCUUGUAGCCACUGUUGUCUUUGCAGCAGCUUACACUCUCCCUGGAGGCACAGACGAGAAUGGCAUCCCUAGAUUUCUUCAUCAUGCUAUAUUCCAAGUGUUCUUGGUCAUGGAUAUUGUAUCCCUUGUAAGUUCAUUGGCUUCAGUGGUCAUGUUCCUCUCAAUCCUCAUAUCACCUUGUGAGAUGUGGGAUUUUCGGAAGUCUCUCCCUCGCAAACUAAUGACAGGUUUUGCCUUGCUGUUCUUCUCCAUGGCCACAACCAUGCUAUCAUUCAGUGCAACAGUUCUGAUCAACAUCAAGUUAGAGAAGAACAAUUGGACUUCAAUCGUGACAUAUUGUGCAGCAUUCUUGCCCAUCAGCAUAUUUGCUAUGAUGCAGUUCCCUUUAUAUGUUGGCAUUAAUCAAUGUGUGAAGUGCAUAUUUGGGAGACUUAAGCAGGAUAGUUAAAUCCUCCGUAUUAUUUCCGCCUGGUGUCCUUUUUGCUGCUUUGGAGGCUUUUAGACUUUAUGGAUGUGGGGCAGUGUUUAUUUGUUGUGGCUUCUCAUCUUGCACUAUGUUCUUGGGUUUGGAGAGGGUUGUAUCAGAUAGUUUAUUUUUUUCACCGGGUAGUGGUGUCAGUGUAUAUGCACUCUAUUCACUUGCACACACUGGAUCACACACUCUAGGCAGUUGUUUGCUUUCUGUUAGUUGUUGUA